AUGGUUUGCGCCGACGUGGGCGUUGAAAUCGCCAAGGACAAUCAACUUGUCCGCCCUCGACAAAUUCAUCAGGAGGGCGUGCAGGUCCUCGUAGAACUUGUUCCUCAACUCAUCAGGGCUGGUCAUCGGCGGGACGUAGACGCCGAUGAUGAUGAUGACGAUGAUGAUGAUGAUGGUGGUGGUGGUGGUGGUGGUGGCGGUGGUGGUGGUGGUGGUGGCGGUGGUGGCGGUGGUGGCGGUGGUGGUGGUGGUGGUGGUGAAUUUGCCUCCCCGAAGAGGCAGGCGAAGGCUCAUCAGGCGGUCGUUGAUGCCCUGCGGCAGACAGGGCAGUCGUCCUACGAUGUCGUUCCGGAUGGCAAAGACGACGUCCCCGUCCCGUAG